AUGCUCAUCCUGACGUCCACACACACUCCGACAGCUGGUGGUGUUCCUGCCAACAGCUUUGGACGGAGCGGUGCAGCUGGAGGCGGUGUCUUCAGCAGCUGGAGGCGGCGCCAUCAGCUGGAGGCGGUGUCUUCAACAGCUGGAGGCGGUGUCUUCAACAGCUGGAGGCGGCGUCUUCAACAGCUGGAGGCGGUUUCAACAGCUGGAGGCGGUGCCAACAGCUGGAGGCGGCGUCUUCAACAGCUGGAGGCGCUGGAGGCGGUGCCAUCAGCUGGAGGCGGCGUCUUUAACAGCUGGAGGCGGUGCCAUCAGCUGGAGGAGGCGUCUUCAACAGCUGGAGGCGGCGUCUUCAUCAGCUGGAGGCGGCGUCUUCAACAGCUGGGGGCGGCGCCAUCAGCUGGAGGUGGCGUCUUCAACAGCUGGAGGCGGUGUCUUCAACAGCUGGAGGAGGCGUCUUCAACAGCUGGAGGCGGCGUCUUCAUCAGCUGGAGGCGGCGUCUUCAACAGCUGGAGGCGGCGUCUUCAUCAGCUGGAGGCGGCGUCUUCAUCAGCUGGAGGCGGCGUCUUCAACAGCUGGAGGCGGCAUCUUCAUCAGCUGGAGGAGGCAUCUUCAACAGCUGGAGGAGGCAUCUUCAACAGCUGGAGGCGGCGUCUUCAACAGCUGGAGGCGGCAUCUUCAUCAGCUGGAGGCGGCGUCUUCAACAGCUGGAGGAGGCAUCUUCAACAGCUGGAGGAGGCGUCUUCAACAGCUGGAGGCGGCAUCUUCAACAGCUGGAGGCGGCGCCAUCAGCUGGAGGAGGCAUCUUCAACAGCUGGAGGAGGCGCCAUCAGCUGGAGGAGGCGUCUUCAUCAGCUGGAGGCGGCGUCUUCAACAGCUGGAGGAGGCAUCUUCAACAGCUGGAGGAGGCAUCUUCAACAGCUGGAGGAGGCAUCUUCAACAGCUGGAGGAGGCGUCUUCAACAGCUGGAGGCGGCAUCUUCAACAGCUGGAGGCGGCGCCAUCAGCUGGAGGAGGCAUCUUCAACAGCUGGAGGAGGCGCCAUCAGCUGGAGGAGGCGUCUUCAACAGCUGGAGGCGGCAUCUUCAACAGCUGGAGGCGGCGUCUUCAACAGCUGGAGGCGGCGUCUUCAACAGCUGGAGGCGGCGUCUUCAUCAGCUGGAGGCGGCGUCUUCAUCAGCUGGAGGCGGCGUCUUCAUCAGCUGGAGGCGGCGCCAUCAACAGCUGGAGGCGGCGCCAUCAACAGCUGGAGGCGGCGUCUUCAUCAGCUGGAGGCGGCGUCUUCAUCAGCUGGAGGCGGCGUCUUCAUCAGCUGGAGGCGGCGCCAUCAGCUGGAGGAGGCGUCUUCAACAGCUGGAGGCGGCAUCUUCAACAGCUGGAGGCGGCGUCUUCAACAGCUGGAGGCGGCAUCUUCAUCAGUUGGAGGCGGCGUCUUCAUCAGCUGGAGGAGGCGUCUUCAUCAGCUGGAGGAGGCGUCUUCAACAGCUGGAGGCGGUGUCUUCAUCAGCUGGAGGCAUCUUCAACAGCUGGAGGCGGUGUCUUCAUCAGCUGGAGGCGGCGUCUUCAUCAGCUGGAGGCGGCGUCUUCAACAGCUGGAGGCGGCAUCUUCAUCAGCUGGAGGAGGCAUCUUCAACAGCUGGAGGCGGCGUCUUCAACAGCUGGAGGCGGCAUCUUCAUCAGCUGGAGGCGGCGUCUUCAUCAGCUGGAGGCGGCGCCAUCAGCUGGAGGAGGCGUCUUCAACAGCUGGAGGCGGCAUCUUCAACAGCUGGAGGCGGCGCCAUCAGCUGGAGGAGGCGUCUUCAACAGCUGGAGGCGGUGUCUUCAUCAGCUGGAGGCGGUGUCUUCAUCAGCUGGAGGCGGCGCCAUCAGCUGGAGGAGGCAUCUUCAACAGCUGGAGGCGGCAUCUUCAUCAGCUGGAGGCGGCGUCUUCAUCAGCUGGAGGCUGAUAAUCUGAAUGUACGUUGGGCCGUAACCCGGCGACGGCUCCGAGGGUCGUCCUUUCAUCUCUUUUACUUUGGUGCCACUUUUAAAGACACAGCUGUUUAGUUUCUCUAGCUUAAUGUGUGUGUGUGUGAGUGUGUGUGUGUGUGUGUUGUACAUACUGUAUAUUCCUGCAUCAUCUGGUGUUUGUACAUGGAGGUGCAGCGUUGGUUGGACACCUAUCGGUAAAUUGUAAUUUUUACGCGGCGUUCAGGUGAGACGAGGUUUUCGGGUCAAAGGGAACGAAUUUCUUUUAUUUUGCCUCCACUGAGCCUUACAGACACAAACCCUUCAACGUUGCUGUUCUGUCUUUGUGUUGUUUUUCUUUAAAGAGAUUUUAUUUAUUUUUGUUUAAAACUGAUGUUUUUAUUCCGUGAAGCUUCCUGGCGAACGCCGUCGUUUCUCCGUUCACGUUUAUUUUGUGGUUUUGAACCUGUGAAGCGGCUUGAACGUCCAUCCAGGACAGAGUUCCUGCACAUCUCUGACGGCUGCGUCACAUUUUCCUCCAACACCAAAACUCUCCUCGGCUGUGGGACGUGGAGCGACUGCAAGGGAAGAAGCUUUUCCCUAGAUUUUCCUGGUGGUGGUAAAAUUGCACUAUUUCUGGGAAAUUUUCUAACCGUUCUUUGUAUUAUGCAAUCUUUGUAAGAUUCUGUGUGCACUGAUUUUCAUUUUUAAAGACUGUGGUUUAAGUUGUGCUGUGUUUGCCUCGUAUCGUCUGGAUGGUCUCUAUACGACCUUCCCAUGAAUAAAUGUUUAUUCAAAUAUU